UAUUAUAACGUCCAAUAGAAUGGAAUUGAUCCAGUGGAUCAAUUCCAGUGGAACGUUCCAGUCCAUGUGCCAACACUGGUUGCAGGCUCUUUUAGCUAAUAUAACAGAAACACCUACUCCUUCACCUGAACAAACUUUUAAAUGA